UUUCCAUUAGAGUAGGAUGUGAGUUUAUCUGUUCAUUGAUGUAUAAAUAAGGGUACUAAUUGUCUUGGCUGCUCCAUAUUGUAAAUGAAUAAAUAAAUAAACAUCUGAGGACGUAGUAUGUUUUUUGGCCUCUCAAUGUCCAUAACCAUAAUAAUAAAAAUAUCAAUGCCCUUUUCAUCAACCAAUCUAUAAGUACCGACUUCUUGUAUGAAACGUUCAUCAAUUGUCCAGGUUUCUUUUCAGUUUACAGUUAUUUUUUCCUUACCACAGUUUCCUCACUUGUACAUUCACCAUGAUAAUUAAAUUUGUUCAAUCACCUUUCUCAUCAUACUUUUGUGCUCACGAACCACGUAAAGAAGGAAACCCGCGCCUUGUUAGAUGUAUUAGUAUCGUCAACAGCCAUAAAUGGGGAACCCAGAAAAUUUACAGUAAUGAUGUGAUUAAGCCCUCAUUAUUCGAUCAGAAUCUUCAUCAUCAAAUUAAGGUCCAGGAUGAACUAUUAUCCAUGAAACAUGCUAACAAACUCAGGGAAAUUGUUGGGGACCAACUAAAAGUUGUGGGAAGUGAAGCUUCGGUGAUGGAAUUAUGUCUGGUUGAUGUCAUUCAAAGGCUAAGGAUUGAUCACCAUUUCCAACACGAAAUUGAUGCACUGUUGAGAAGAUAUUACUGCAAUUAUUUGUCGAUGAAAAGUCAUUUUCGCACUAUUUCCAUUUCUGGAAGUGAUUCUCUUUAUGAAGAUUCCCUGGCCUUCAGGCUAUUGAGACAGGAGGGUUACUAUGUUGCACCAGAUGUAUUUAACAGGUUCAUCGACUGCGAAGGGAGAUUCAAUAUUAUGAGAAAUGAGAAAGGUGACAUCAAGAGUUUGAUGGAAUUAUAUGAAGCUGCUCAGUUAGGUGUAGAAGGCGAAGAUAUACUUGAAGAUGCUGCAAAAUUCAGUAGCGAAAGGCUCACUGCAUGGUCCGCAUGUUUUGAUGGUACGAGUACUGCGAGCAAGAUCAAUCACACUUUGAGGCAUCCUUACCGCAAAAGUUUAGCUAGAUUCAGCUCCAUGAACUUGAUGUCGAACGAGUUUGAAGCCAUAAAUGGACUCGAAAAAAGCUUGAAACAAUUGUCAACUUUUGAAAACUACAUGGCACAAGGUAUUCAUCGACAAGAACUACAUCACAUUUCCAAAUGGUGGGAGGAUCUUGGAAUGGCAAAGGAAUUAGAACACGCAAGGGACCAACCAUUGAAAUGGUAUACAUGGGCAAUGGCCAUUUUCAAUAACCUCAGCUUGUCAAACGAAAGGAUGGCCCUUGCCAAAACCAUUUCAUUUAUCUACGUCAUUGAUGAUAUCUUUGAUCUCUAUGGCGACCCUCAAGACUUGAAUCUCUUCACGCAAGCAGUGAAAAGAUGGGAGUUAGAUUCCAUUGAGCAAUUACCAGACUACAUGAAGAAGUGUUUUAGGGCUGUUUAUCGCGUCACAAAUGAGGCAGCGCUUAAAAUCCAGAAAAAACAUGGCUUCAAUCCACUUCUACCCUUGAGAAAGACGUGGGGAGAUUUGUGCAGUGCAUUUCUGGUCGAAUCAAGAUGGUUUGCUUCAUCAUCAGGGUCUGAAAACUUUCCAAACUCGGAUGAAUACUUGAGGAAUGCAAAAGUGAGCUCCGGAGUUCAUGUUGUUUUAGUACACGUACUUUAUCUCUUGGGGUUUGGAACAAGCUCUAAAAGCUCUACUACUCUGGAUGAUAUAUCGGGCAUUGUUUCUUCUGUGGCAACAAUUCUUCGCCUUUGGGACGAUUUAGGAUGUUCAAAGGUAAUCCAUGCAUGCAACACAUUUUGUUUAUGAUUUGAGUAUCUGUAAUUGACUGUUCAUAAUAGUAACAAAAAGGAUACGUAUCGAAAGUGACUGAUAUGAUGUGCCUUUAUAAAGAGGUUGUAUUUUAGUAAUUAGUUGAAGUUUAUGACUUUUCAUUACUCACUAUUCAUUAUAAAUUUUUUUUUAUGAUUUCUAUCAUUGCUUUAAAAAUAAUUUUUUUUAAAAAAAAAUUGUUGAUAUAUAUAUAUGUGGAAUUUCGUACUAUCAUUUUGGCAGGAUGAAGGACAAAAUGGGUAUGACGGGUCCUACAUUAAUUACUACUUGAAUGAAAAUGAAGGCGUGAGUGUUGAAUCCGCUAGAGAUCACAUCUCUAGUAUGAUUUCAGAGGAAUGGAAGAGACUUAACAUGGAGCUUCUCCGGCUUGACCGAUCAUCAAGAAGUUUCCAAAAGGCUUCCCUCAAUCUGGCAAGGAUGAUUCCUCUGAUGUAUGAUUACAACCAAAACCGACAACUUCCUGAUCUUCAGCUUUACAUCAAAUCCAUGUUGGUUGAUUAUUAUGGUGAUAGGGUGAUCAGUUGGGUGGAAAUUAGCUAGGGUGUUUGGUUUGCAUUGUUAGGAAAUAAAUAGUUUGGUUUUAAUGGUUUGUUAACUGUUUCACCAAUAGAAGGGUCUAAAACUAGGCGAGCGGAUUUUACGAUUGUGAUGGUUAUGUUAAUUAUUUCACCCAUUGAUGUAUUUGCAAUUUAAUGAGCGGAUCAAUCCGUGUUGCAGACGGUGAAAAUUAUAUGAGAAAAACAUGUUUACUGAUAAAUAUUUAUUUCCUCCACUUCGCUGUAACUAUUUUACCUUUAUAAAACAUUUAUGUUUUGAAUAUAUUAUUAUUAUGCUAUGAU